AUGGAGAGGGAGAGAGAGGGAGAGAGAGGACACCGCUGGAGAAACCCGGAGUUUGUGUCGUGGACAGAAUAAUCACGGUGAAUGUCAUGUGUCACUCUCCGGCUCCCUUGUUUCCACGGAGUCUGACGCGCCGGGUUCAUUUCGCACGGGACACUGUUUGAAUCGUCCCAUCGAAGCGCAGCGCUUUUUGUUGUUCGUGGAACAGUGAAAAAGAAAGAAAGACUGCAGGGGCUGAAAGACCAGCGCGAAAAAAGAAUGCGCGCAUCGACCUGCAAACUGAUUUUUUCUUUUCGACCGGUACACGGCGCGCGGAGUGGGCCACGUCGGGCGCAGUGAUUACGCGCGCAGGUCUCCGGUCACCUGUUGAAGUUGCCCGACGCGCGGCGCGGCGCGCCGUGACGCGCGUCGCCCUCGGAACGGAGGACUCGACCCGAACGGCGGUUUUCAGCCAAAUGUCCAGUCCGUCCUCGGCCCAGUGUGAUGCACCGUCUGCGCGUUAUGUUGCAGGAUGAGCGCUGACCUGGAGCGCGCUUCGCACCACACAUCGCUGAACUCGGGCGGCCCCGGCGGCCGUGCGCUCUCGGCGAACGUCCGGCGGCUGCACAACGCUCUCAACGUGCUGCUCAGCGACGUGGAGAGGGAGCACUUCAUCCACUGUCUCAAUGUGUACCACGCCAAGCGCAACGUCUUCGACCUGGUCCAGACCCUCAAAGUGAUUCUCAGCACGCCCGGCAAACGACAGCUCCUGCCCAUGUUGCGCCUGGUCAUCCCGCGGUCCGACCAGCUGCUCUUCGACCAGUACACGUCCGAGGGACUCUACCUGAAGACGGACCUGCUCCCCAGCAACGGCAGCGCGGAGGGCUUCGAGGACGAGGGUGACUCAGCCCUGCAAAACUAUGUCAGCUCCAUCCAGGAGGAGCAGCCCCCCGCCUCGGGCUGCCCGGACGGGCUCUGCGCCGCGGCGGAGCUGUCGGCGUCCAUGGCCCCGCCGUUCCUCGAUGGCUCAGUCGGAGAAGUUCGCAAAGUCACCCUGACGCGCUCCAGGAGCCACGAGGGACUGGGCUUCAGCAUCCGCGGGGGGUCGGAGCACGGCGUGGGCAUCUACGUGUCCCUCGUGGAACCGGGCUCGUCGGCCGAGAGGGAAGGACUGCGGGUCGGGGACCAGAUCGUGACCGUGAACGACAUGAUGUUCAACAAUGUCACGCACAUUGACGCAGUGAAGGUGCUGAAGGGAUGCAAGAAGCUGGCGAUGUCCGUGUCGUCUUUGGGUCGGAUCCCUGGAGGCUACAUCACCAACCACGUGUACAGCUGGGUGGACCCGCAGGGCCGGAGUGUCUCCCCACCGCCAGACAGCCAAGAGGCAAACCAGAGGCAAGGGCCCGGUAUGGAGGAGAGGACGGUAAGCCUGAAUAUGGAUGACGGUCGCUCUCUGGGCCUGAUGAUCAGGGGCGGUGCUGAGUACGGUUUGGGGAUCUACAUCACGGGAGUGGACCCUGGAUCUGCUGCAGACGUCGGUGCAUUAAAGGUGGGCGACCAGAUUCUGGAGGUGAACGGUCAGAGCUUCAUCACCAUUUGCCACGAUGAGGCAGUCCACAUCCUCAAGACAGGACGCCGCCUGCUGAUGAAGGUUAGGGACGUCGGCCGCCUGCCUCACGCGCGCACAGUGGUGGACGAGACCAAGUGGCUCUGCAGUCAGGGCAUAGCCGAGACCAACGCCACAGCUGGCCCGACUCCUGUCUCCAAUCCCGCUGUCAAUGCUGGUAUCCACGCGAGUGUCGGUGGCAGUGGCUGCAGUUCGAGACCAUCCUCGGCCAGAGCUCCACAAGUAUUAGGAAAGCCGGCCGUAUACCGAGCCGUGGGUCCGCCGGGGGUCCAGGUGUCUCUGGAGCAGCAGGCCUACAUGCUGCUGACAGAGCCGGAGAGGAAGACGAUGGCCUACUACCUGCAGGAGUACCAGGAGGGACACAUAGGAGCGGAGCCGCUGGCCAUGGCUCUGUUUGAGCUCUUCAACACACAUGCGAAGCUGUCCAUGUUGUCCGAGGUGAGGAGUCUGGUGUUGCCGCAGGAUCUGGAGCUGUACGACCGGCUGGUGCUGCACCGCGAGAGGGAAGCCCACCAGGCGUGGCACGGAGGCCUGGGAGUGCUGCACCCGCAGGGCCUUUGCAACCACGCGGCCCCCGUGAUCCACGAUGCAGUUCACACUGUCCCUGCUACGCAGGACGAACUGCUGGCUUCAUGUGAAUCUCCUCCACCCUUCAGGGGUGCUCCUCUCCAGGCCCAGUUCAGGUUGCCAAGGGAGAAGGAGCUGAAGCCUUCGGCCCGGCUCAUGCAGCCCGGCUCCGGCCUGCUCUUCUCUGGCCCAACGCAACUGCUCCAGGACUGCCUCCACAAGUCCCUCAGAUCCCUCCCCAUCACCCACCAGCCCUCCCCGGCCUUGGCAGAGCACGCCGGCUCCGGGGCCGGCCACCACACUUCCCUGGGUGCGCUCCAUCACACCUGCCAGACUUUCUUCCAGCUCUCCGACGCCGAACACCUCAACCACCCGCACUAUGCCCACCACUUCCACCACCAUCCUGCUCACCACAACAGGCCCAGUUCGGGACACCACACCUGCCCGGGCUUCCUGCACCACCGGGACUCCUCCGGCUCUGCUAAACCACAGGGAUCUGUCAGGCUCUCGUCCAGAUCCAGCUCCUACGAAAGGUCCUCCAUCUUGUCAAAGUCGGCGUCCUCCUCGAAAGCGGCGUCUCCCAUGCCGUCCCCGCAUCCAUCCCCCCGUCCCUCGCCAUGCCCCUCCCCCUGCCCCUCUCUCAUCACACCCGCUGCUCCGCCCUGCAGUCCUGACCUCCGCUGCUCACCGGCCCUCAUUCACAAAGUCAUCAUCACAGACACAAACCGGCUGUCUGCAGACUCCAGACCACAGCAAAGAGGGGCCACUCUGUCCCAGCUGUCGGAUAGCGGCCAGACCCUGAGCGAGGACAGCGGGGUGGACAUAGCCGAGGCGGGGGGCCUCAGCAAGGAUGGCAGCCCUCGACCCAGCAAGAACCAGAGGGGCCACCUCGAACAGCCGGGGGCCCAUGCACCCCCUCCAGGGGCCACGAGACAAACUGGCUCGCCGGUCCCGGCGCCCGCUGCCACCCUGGUGCGAGUGGUGAAAAACGCCAACACCCUCGGCAUCGCUAUAGAGGGCGGAGCCAACACGCGGCAACCGUUGCCGCGCAUCGUAACCAUUCAGAAAGGAGGCUCGGCUCAUAGCUGUGACCAGCUGAAGGUGGGUCAGGUCAUCCUGGAGGUCAACGGCGUUUCCCUGAGAGGCCGCGAGCACAAGGACGCCGCCCGCGUCAUCGCCGAGGCCUUCAAGACCAAGGACCCGGAUCACAUCGACUUCCUGGUGGUCGAGCCGGGACCGUGACCGCAGGACCAUGCACUUCAAUGCAGCUUUGAUUUAACACGAAGGACGCUGUUCUGCCGCUUUGAGGGAAACACGUGGGACUCCGCGCGAGGUUGUCCCGUCAUCACGGCCCCUCAUUUUAAUUUCAGGGAAAGGUGUGUUUCGGGUAUGCGCUGAUUGCACUCAACGGAGAUUUGCACAAUAUGAAUUCAGAAAAAAAAAGGAUUUGACAUUAACAUUUGCCAUGCGAGUCCAACGCUAUUCGCAUCCGUUCCAUUAGUUAUUUCUCUUUUAUCAGUAUUUAAUCCCUGAAUGUCAAUGUGUGUAACCAGGGGGAGCGCUAGUACUCAACAAAUAAUAUUUAAAAACAGCCAAUAACAUCACAGUCAGUCGAGCGAGUCCUCGGUUGUCCUGUGUUUUUGAAAUUUGUUUUAUUCUUCAUCUCAUAUCUGCGGAGGCAGCGCUGCCCUGGAGGCAGGCGUAAACUUUGAAAGGAGCGUUUGGGUUCAGAGCGGCAAGGAUCAAUUUCCAUUUCCAUCAGAAAAGAAAAAUAACAUUGUGAUAUUUGAACAUCAAGUGAGACGGGGGAAGACUCCAAAAACAAUCCGGGGGUGAAACAGGAAAGAGAGAAUAUAAUAGAGCAUUUAGUGACAGGAUCACAGCAGCACGUCAAUGUGGUGACGCCCGUGCAUUAUUACAUGAUAACUCAGUAGUCGAGGCUCUCAGCGUCUUCGUGCACCGUCUUCACGUUCAUCCCGGUUGCACGCAAAGUUUCGUGACUGUAUCCGGAUCACGAUCGCGUCUGAUAACACAGAAAUAUCAUCCGACUGAUGUUCGGCGUAAUGAUCCUGAUGUAAUCCGGAACCAAAACUCAUUAUUUCCAUAUCUAAACAAGCCCAGCGUGGUUAAAUCGACUGUUUACUAAUCACUUUUAGAAAUCAAACAUCCAUCAGCAGCUAUGUACAUACAUAUACUGUAUACGCGUUCAACCCAUCAUAAUUAUUUUCAUAAUGUACAUGCUUUAUCAUCUGCUCAGUGUUUCAUAGCAGCAUUUGACAUCUGUAUGUCCUUAUGAUACGGUCAUUGAUGGUUUGACCUUUUGUAUAUACUGUAGAUUGCCCAUAGUCCUUACAUGAGAUGACUCUAUAUAACUUUUUUAUAUUGUGAAAUAGUUUACAGUAGAAGAGCAUUUAAUAUUAUACUAGAUUUUAAUACUACUUUACAUUACUCGUGUUUUUAUUUCAGCUUGAGGUUCAGGGCAUGCCAUGGUCUACGUCAACCCCCGUCUCUUAUAUGACACGUUUCGUUGAGAAGGUUACGACAACCGGAUUACAUAUUCUAUCAAUGUGACGUCCCACGUUUGCUUUUUUCAAUAUUGUACAAUAUUGACUUACUGUUGCAGCGUUCUAAGAUUCAGUUGAGACUCGCAAGAGCACUUGGUUUACGUUAGUGGAAGAUCAUGGUUUGGUUUAAUGCAGAAAAAUCUCAGUGACUUCCGACGCAACCUCCUCAUGUACCCCAUCUUCCCGAGCCCUUACCCCGAGUGCUUCUGUUGCACAGCUGCACAUAUACCAGCUUCUUCAUAUGCCUGCCGCCCUCCGCUGGGCCUCCUCUCAAUGACUCCGCUGCUGUCAAUAAAUGUAGCGCUCCGUACUUUCACCCAUCGAUUGCGCAGAGACGUGGCACUCCUCCGGGACGGACUCGUCCGCACAGCGACCCCCGGAUCCGACCCCCCGCGCGGCGGAGAUCAAUGGAGGACAUAAAUCAGCAUAUCCUUAUCCCGCUCUCCGCAGGGGGGGGGGGGUUGCUGAUGAGGAACGGCGACACAGUGUCGAGUCAGUGAAUUGCAAAUGCACCGUACGGGGAAACGGCGAUUUUUCCAUUUGAAUAUCCUCUCAUGACUAAUAAGAUGCAGGAGCAUCAUGGCAGCACUGACUCGACUGGAGCAAACUGUACUUUACAACAGCUUCAGAUUCUUUUAAAAAUAACGAUGACGCGGAUCACUUUCAAGCAUUACCGGCACUCACAUACGUUAUCUAAUGCAAGUCAACAGCAGCUCCGACGUGGGCCUCUCCGGACCCCUCAGGGCGGCUCAGAGCCGCUGUACCAGACUGCAUCCUUUCAUUUGUGCGUAUCAUUUUUAAAUCCUGUACAUUUAACCUGAGUUUCCAUUUUCAUUAUUUUGCGAUAUUUAGCUCCUCUGUGUACGAGGUCGUUCAGACUUUUGCACAUCACCAACUCUCCCAAAUGACAUUAUGGUUUAAAAUAUAUAAAGAUGAUCUAUUUAGUAUUACUUUGUAGAAGAAUCAACUUGUUCUAUCCACCCCGUGAGCAGGCCUUCCAUUGGCCUCAAGAAAAACAACAAAAUGAUUUGUUGAGGUCGAUCUUUUUGUUGUUAAAGGGCAAGUGAUGCUGUGUCGAUUUAGUCUCUAACCGGAGAACAAGGAAGUGCACAUUUGAUCGGACGUUAUUGGGGAAGUGAGCGUGCGUCCGCCGUGUUUCCUGUGAAACCUUGACAACCCUGGAUGUGGCUCUGGGGAGCUUCAUCCAAGUCUGAGACGGCCCUGUAGACUCGACCUCAUGGACACCGAGAGUCAAAUGCUUGCAGAGAUUUACCAUUGGUUGCAUCAUGGGAAAAUCCAGAUUCUAGUGUCCUCUUUUUGGACUUCUGCUGCUGCUGCUGCUGCUGCUGCCCCUUAAAAAGCGGUUACUGUACUUAUUUCUGUGUUUAUAGGAUCCCUGUCUCAACCAUGCUCCGUCUGUUUGUUUCUAAAUCAUAGGAUCUACAGCAUGAGUUGUUUUUUUAUAGUCAAAUUUAACCCGGGCCCAGGACAUCCGAAAGAGAAUGCACUAUAGCUGACAGAAGCAUGUCAUUGCCUAGAGCAGAGGGCUGUUAACUAGAGCAGUUGUAAAACUGUGCUGUAGAAAGGAGCAGGGGAAAUAUAUAUUUAUAUAUAUAUAUAUAUAUAUACAUGGCUCGUAUUUGUUCUGAGACGUGUGUGUCUGUUCUUUUCAUAACUGUAACCACAGUCCAAAGGCGUACAGUCGGGCCAAGCAAUCUCAACAAUGUAUCUCUGGCCGAUUGUGUUCAUGAUGGCUAUAUUCUAUUUUUAUAAUUCAAACGACAUAAUCACACCAGAGUGAGAUAACACCCGGCGUUUAUAUCUGAUGUGUGAGCACUGUUCUGGAUUCACGGAGGAUGCGCUUGGUGAGAUUACUGUGCCGUUUGUAAUUCUGUGUAAAUUAUAUGAUGUUCUCUUUUGUGUGUGAAUGCAAACGAGUUCUAAAAUGAUAAACGCUUGUACAGAAAGGGCGGCACACAGAUCCGUGGAGCAGCAGAUAGAGUACGCGGCGAGGGGCUAGAGACCCCCUUUGCGGCAGAUAUAACCGCUGACAUCUCUUGUGCGUUCCAACCCCCCCCAACCCCCCCAUGUCCCGUCACAGCCGUGUCGGCAACGGCAGUAUCCUUCAGAACAAGUCACGCAUUCGUUGUUUCGGUUCUUACGAUAUCUUUUGUUUCUUCUUUUUUCCAAAAUGUCGGAACAAGUGAAAUCCUUCCGAGCGUGUCCCACACAAAUUUCCUGUAGACAUAAUAAUAAAAAAGUCUGAUGUCUCAAAAAGUG